AUGUUGCCACAUUACUCAGCAUUUCCACCAAUUGAUCAUAUUCAAAACAACACUGAUUGCCAUUUCAUUCCAAAUGGAAAUCGAUUGUUUCCACCAAUUUCACCUUAUUCAUUCGGCUUAUCAAACUCAAUAUGGUCUUUACCAUUCUCAUUCAUGAAAGCAUCACAACGACCAGAGAAGCCUCCAUUUUCAUACAUUGCUCUAAUUGCAAUGGCAAUAAGCUCAAGUCCCAAUCAACGUUUGACACUUAGUGGAAUUUAUAAAUUUAUUAUGGACAACUUUCCAUAUUACCGAGAAAAUAAGCAAGGAUGGCAGAAUUCAAUUCGUCACAACUUAAGCUUAAACGAUUGCUUCAUAAAAGUUCCUCGUGAGAAAACUUCAUCAACGGGGGAUGAAGCGUCGAUGGAAAAUGGAAAGGGCAGUUAUUGGAUGCUUGAUCCAAGUGCAAGUGACAUGUUUGAUGCAGGAAAUUAUCGUCGACGUAGAACGCGAAGACAACGACAUGCGAAAAUGCUUCUUAGUGGCCAGUUUCAUCAAGGAUCAGCCUUCACAAUUUAUCCAGAAUUGAUGCAACGUGCACACAUACAGCAUGCACAGAGUUUCGGUUUAACAAGGUACGACUCACAUCCCACCGCUGUUAUGAAAGCGGAUUAUGACGACAGUGUGAACAGUGAUAACGAUGGGGUAGCGGAUGAACAUCAUGAAAGUGGCAAAGCCAGUGACGCUUUAGAUGGCGACGAUGCUACCACCACAAAGCUUCCCACCAAUUAUCUAUUUCAUUUAGAUAAGCUCUUGAAAAAUCAAUUUUUACAGCAAAUAAAUUUUCAAUCAGCUCUUAAUGAAUCCAAU